AUGGAGUGCUGCGGCGAUACGUGCUGCGAGACUCGGGAGCCUGUGGCGGUCCCCGUGACUUCCCUUGUGGGACUGCCGGUAGCGCAAACUCGAAUCGAGGAGAAAGUCACGUAUACCACGAAACCGAUGGUUGCUGAGAAGAUCAUCGAGGUGCCGCAGGUCGAGUACCGCGACCAUGUCGUGGAAGACCGGCAAACAGUGGUGAUGGAGAAGGUCAUCCACGUGCCCCGUCCCGAGAUUCAGGAGCGCAUCGUCGAAGUCCCACGCCACAUUACGCGAGAAGUCAUUGUUGACGUCCCCCAAGUCCAAGUUGUCGAGAAAUUUGUCGAAGUACCUACUCCAGUGUUUCAGGAGAAAAUUGUUCCGGUAGCUCGCCCCGUGAUCAAGCAGAAGAUCACUCAUGUGCCCAAACCGGUGAUCCAGGAGAAAAUUGUCGAUGUUCCGCGCGUGUACUACAAACCAGUGACGGUGGAGAAGGUUGUGGAAGUGCUUGAUUACCGCAUCGAGUACAAAUACCGAGAUGUUCCUGUUCCUCAGAAGGUUUUCCGAUAUGUUCCGGUCGAACGUGUUCAGCACGCUCCACAAGUACGCUACGUGGAGAAGAUCGUCAAGAAGCCGGAAAUUCGCACACACUGUGUACCUGUCGUGCAGGAGGUCCCAACUCCCCCUGUUCAGGUUGCCUCGCCCCGCCGCAUUCCUGUUGCCGCUCCUGCCACGCCUGUCCUCGUCGAACAGCUUCCUCGUCAAGAGGGAUGCUGCGAUGCUGUGAUGGAGGGACUCUUUGGGUGUUUCAUGCCUCCUGUUCCUAUCGACGACGACGUACCCAACUGCGUUAGCAGACGCCAAUUGAGGCUGGUGUCUCCUCGAAGCCCCCCGGUCAACAUGGACGUCGUUGUUAUGCCGAGGAACCAGAACCGCCGGAGGAAACGAGGACUGUGCGGUGAUUGGUGUUCCACUGGUGUUGGAGCAAGGGUGCAAACGCCUCAGUCAUAUUACCUGUCCUCACCAGCGACGGUCGAAGAAGGAAGCGUUCCACCGGCUGAGCCCGUCUUCCCCCCGCAAGUAGUGCAUUCGCCUCGCUCGGUGGCACCAGCCGUCUCGCAGAUGUACCCCUCGCCCGCGGCGCCGAUGAUACAGACAAAUAUAGGAGUGAUGCCUUUCCGGCAGUUUGAAAAAUUGAAUAAUGAAUACGCACUUAGAAAAGGGCACCGCCUGCUCGAGCCGCCGACGCUCACCACUCAAGGUGGCUUCUCUGAUAGUAUGGAUCGGACGGGGUCGCCUACCGUGGACGUCGAAGCCUUGGGGAUCCGCGGAUUUGAGAGUGCAGUCAGAAAAACGCUUGGCAGUGAGAGCGCGGAGUCAACUUCCCUCGGAACUCCACGGGCCCAGACAGGAAGUGAAGACGACGCUGCAGCUCUGCGGAGGCGACAAGAAGAGCUACAUUUGCGGCUGGAGCAUGAAAGGCUUCAUGCUGAACGUCUUCGGCUCGCGCGCCUUGCCGAAGAAAGACGAGUGCAGCUGCUCGAACUUCGGGAGCAGCAGCGACUGUUGCGACUGCAGGCCGAGCGUCAGAAGCUGGCAUACGAUGCGCAGCAGGAGCUGUUGAAAAAGGAACAGCACCAGCUCUUGGAGGAACUCAGAGGACAAAUGAAUCAAAUGCCCGUCAGGGAAGUCAUGGUUCAGACGCGAUACGGGCCCAUGAAGUUCAGCGAAUUUGAAAAACUGAACAAUGAAGACGCCAUGAAAAGCCCUGAAGGAUUCCUCGUUGGCACACAGAAUACUGUGAGCUAUUCUGGGUUUAUGGUACCCCCGAGCGCACAUGCGAGCGGACUGUGCCGCCACUCAUCAGCCUCGGUGGGGUAUGCAGACAGCAACGUUGUUUUUCCGUCCCAGGCACCGUUUACUCCGGCCUUCCCCGUGCUGCCAGCAGGGCCCAUGCUGCACACUCACCAUGCGUGCUUGGCGCGGUCGCCUGUAUAUCGGCCGGCUCCCGUGGUACUGCCUCCACGAGUAGUAGAAGCUGGUCGGCGGCCAGUGUAUCUCCAGAGGUCGCAGCCAGUAUAUGCCUCGAGGACUGCCCCGCUCGUCACUGUUGGUCCCGGCUCAGUCGUUGGAGUUCGUCCAUCCGCGUAUAAGCCGCAAAAUGACUCUCUUCUUGAUGACCGUUAUAAAGAAGAAGUUGUGCAACUGGCGCGACAAGCUGCACAGAAUGCGUAUCAAGCGGGCUUGAAUGUGUACGAGGGCGUCCGCAGUUUGGUCCGUGGAGAAGUGUGA